ACUCUGUCAUAAACUUGAUGUCGCUAUUAGGCACAGUCUACUGGUCCAACACGGAAAUUCACCUCGGAAGAAACACGGAUUGCACUUCUCUAGUUCCGCAGAGAAAAAAAACAGCCAAUGCAGUCCUCCUCUACAGCCAAUAUCUGACAUCGAUCAGUGAUCAACCGCACGGCUGGAAACUGGCAUGUAUUUCGGCAGUGUUGAAGCUUAGCUUUAGCACCGAUCAGUGAGACAGUGUUUGACCGGAGGAUAUGAGCAGGGUGUGGGUGUGUUGAUAGCCUGGUAGCAAGCUCACCUGUUUGUGUUGUGGUGGUCAUGGAGAACAUCGAGGAGUCCUCGCCCCUCCGGAUCACCCCGACCGUCCGGGCGCUGAGCUCCGCACUGCGGGGGAAGCGCGAACAUGUCCCCGAGUCCAGCCGGGAGAACGGCGACAGGAUCUUCCCGGAGCCGGAGAAGCUUUGGUUCAAGGAGAGCAGCGCUAAAAACCUGCGUAACAGGGACUUCUUAUCGCCGACAACGAUGCUUAACACGCUGUAUGCGGAUGGACAGGUCCCUCCAGCAGUGAUGUCCAGAGUGCUGUCCCUCCGCGGCAGUGGGGUUCUCCCUGUGGCUGGUGGGGAGGUCAUGGGUGAGGGGUUGAGGGUGAGGGUGGAUCGAGCCGCAGCCUUCAGGGCUGUCCUGGCAGAUGGAGCCACAGAGUACUUGAAGCCUUCAAGACAGAGGCAAGGCUGUGUGGUGCUAAACUGCCCUGCGCUGCACCCCAAACCCAACACACCCACUCCUGAUACACUGACUCUGGGCCAGCUGAGGACUGUUCUGUUGGCUGACCACAUGGGGGCGCUGUUGAGGAGACAAGGAUUUGCAGUGUCCUAUUGCCCCACGCUCCCUGAAGACAGCGACAUUGUCACCUUUCUCCGAGCUCUGGGCAUAGACUGGCCGACAGCCCCAGCCAACUGGACCAAUGAGGAGCGGGAGGAGAAGAUCCAGGAGGCGCUGGAGAACUCCCCGUACAAAGAGAGGGAAACAGAGAGAGGCAGGAGGACCAGUGGAGGAGGAGGGAGGAAGGUGGAGGAGGGGGAGAACGAGGGAGCGCUCAGGAUCAACCUGAAACGAGCGUUCCAGGAGGAAGGGCUGCUGGGAUACGACCCCAGCCUUGGUACCUGCACAGUACACAGAGACAGUGUUUCCCAUCUGGCACAACUGGACCUAGCCACUGCUGACUGCACAGUAGCCAUGGCAACAGCUUUACAUGUGACUUCCUGUCAAGAUGAGUUCCGCCAACAGCAGAUAGCAGUGCUGUGGAGAGCCAGUGGAGCAACACACACACAGAGACAUCUGGUAUGUGGGCCUGUGAAGACUCCUGGUUCUCACCUCACUGCUGCACAAUAUCUGCAGCUAAGAAGAGGUCAGAUGAAGGAGGCCUCAGAGAUGAAGUAUGGAGAUCAAGUCGAAGGUCAGACGUGGGAUGACAUCAUCAGGGUCAUGACCUCUGCCACAGUCAGAUUUGAGCUGCUGUCAACAGUCCACACCAGUCCUGUGACACUGGAUGUCCAGAGGGAAGGGGGCGUGUCCACCAAAGGGCCAAGAGGAGGAGUGUUUGUCAUGUAUAACUGUGCCAGGCUGCACACUCUGUUCGACAGCUACGAGAGAGGAGUGGAGAAGGGUCUGUAUCCAGAAAUCCCUGAAGGUUCCCAGCUAGACUUCUCAGCUUUGAAAGAAGAGGGCGAGUGGCUCCUCCUGUUCAAUUACCUCAUUCCGUUCUCCGAGCUGCUGGACCAAUCAGGACAAGCGUUAGACUGUGAAGGGGGAGGAGCCAGAGUCAGUAUUAAGACUGAACAGAUCUGUAAAUUCCUUGUGUCUCUCAGUAAAGAUUUCAGCUCAUACUACAACAGAGUCCAUGUGCUGGGGGAGCCGCUGCCUCAUCUCUUCAACCAGAUGUUUUGUCGUCUGCAUCUGUUGAGAGCAUUGAGAGAACUCUACCACAGCGCUCUGGACACCCUGAACCUUCCCCCCAUCAGGCAACUAUAGCCUCGACACAAUUUACUUAUCCUGUGAUCACUGUUGGCCCUACCUCCCUAACCAUCUCACAUUAUCACCUAUGUAGUUUAAUUGUAGCUCCACUCACAGACUUCAUUUAGUGAUGAUAAUGUGUUAAGACGCUCAGUUACCUUUCCCUGUUUUUGGCAAGGCACAUCUGUGGCUUUUACAGUUAAUAAUGAGAUACUCCGUAAGUAGCCAAUUGUCAGUGAUUACUGUAGCCGGACAUUAUGUAACUGAAAAAAUAUUCAAAGGAUGUCAUUACCCAUCAGUCAUGUACUACGUACAUGUCCGUAAACUUUGAAGUCUGCACACCGAGUUAAACUUGAUCUGGGCAGAUUAAUUUUCCUGAGAAGUUAAAGCAGUUUUUCGAGAAAUAGUUUGACUUUUUCGAAGUCCUCUAAUUUGUCUUUUACUGAGAGUUAAAAACGAAGAUUGAUACCACUUUGAUGUCUGUACAGUAAAUUUGAAGCUAGCUUAGCAUAAAGACUGGAAGCAGGGGGAAACAGCUGGCUUGACUCUGUCCAAAGGUAACAAUCAGCAAUUCAUAUGUUAUGUCUUUUAAUUUGGUCAAAGUGUAAAAACAUGAUGUGUUGGACUAUUUUGUGACUAGGGUUAAAAAGUUAUUGGUCCCAGUUGAGAAGAGUCUGACACAUGAUCCCUUAAAAACGCUGAAUUUUUUCUUUUACAUUUCAGUUGUUUUACACAGGAAACAAAACAACUGAAGUACAACAUCAUGUUGUCAGGGUGCUUGUGAAUUUGGGCUGCUCAUAUUUACUGUACAUAUGUGAAAGUGGUAAGAAACGAGCUAAUAUUGCCCAAAAUGUCAGAGUAUUUCUUUCAGUGUGGAUUUGUAACUAAAUCUAAAUUUACCCUUUCAUAAAAAAAAAAACACUCUAAAAAAUCCAAAUCUACAGUGACUACAUUUACAUGCACUCUAAUAUUCCACUGCUGUUCUGAAUAUGAUAAUAUUAUGAAUUUAAUGAGGGUCAUGUAAACAGCAUAUUCCGUUCAGAGAUUCCAAAUUAGGCUUUAUUUCGAAUUGAGCAUUUUCGGAAUAAGACGUGGGAUAUGUAGGUAUUAAUCAUGUUUUAAUAGCAUUAUUUGGGCAUGUAGACAGUGCAUUUGGAAUAUGUGUCUCAAUCAGAGUUUCUUCCUCAGUUGUGCAACACAUGGCCUCUUGACUGUUUACGGUCAGCUCUGUGCGUUGUCAUGGAUAUGUUGUACACAAACUAACUGACCAACAGUUUGCAAGGCUUUGGCAGAGAUGCAUGCCCAAAACUAAAGCCCGCAUUUUUGGUCUUAAGAAGAAACACACCUACUAUUGAGCAUUAUGAAAGACUUGAAUAACAACAGUUUUUUGUAUAUGUGCAAAUAUCGCAACGCCAACCUUUUCAAAAGGGUGGUUGAAAUAAUGAAAGAGGAAGGCUGUAUGUGCACAGUCAAACACGUCUGCCUCUGGUGUACCAUUUCUAGAAAAUCCUAUUUAGAUGCAAAGAGGCAAAAAAAACUGUGGCUCCAGCCGAUCCACUUUUCUGUGUUUUGACAUGAUAAACGACAAGUUAGUAUUCACACCUGCAUGUAAGCGGGAACAGUUGUGGAACAUUGUUUUUAAUAAGUCAUGUAAACAGCUUUGUAGGAAUAUUGUCUCUUUCGGAGAACGGGGAAAAAACAGACUAUUUGUGCAUGUAAAUAUACUCACUGUCUCAGUUAGCAAAGAUGGGGUUUUUUUUCUGUUGAAGUCCUACUUUGUAAUUUCCAUGUCUGCUCUACUCAUGCGACCAUAGGUGACAUUUAUAUGCCCUUUUAACAAAAACUUUUCCCCCAUUUGGUGCCAAAAUUCCAUCAGUUGUCGAGACACAUAUUUAAAUUGUAUUAAGACCCCCCAGAUAUUGUCAGAUAUUACAUUAAUAAUCUCCUCUUUGAAACAUACAAGUGUCUUGGUCACUGCCUGAAAAAAAAAAAAAAAUUUAAAAAAAAAGUUUUUUAGCUGUCAGAGCUCCUAUUUCAUGUAUGUUAGCCACCUUGUAUUUAUCAAUGCCACACGUAUAUUUAUUGUUAGUUAAAAAAUAAAUCUGUACAGAAUAUAUAUUCUGCAUACAAGUCUUAAUUGCUGUUUAUAUGAUUAUUCAGAGCCCUUCGAUCACAGUUACCCUGCUUGACAAAUCACAGAUGUUCAGUAUCAAACCACAUGUACCAGAUAUAACCGGUGUUCAUAAGUUAUUGACAAAAACAGCGUUUAGGGCAUCGUGCCAUAACAUUAGGGGAUGCAUGAAGUGGCAUGAAAAUAAUAUAUAUGAAGAGUUUUAUGCCAAAAAUGUUAUUUAUAAAUUUUGGUAAUGAUCUUAAAUUGAUCCUUGAAAUGUGAAUUGUGUUGCCAUUUCAGUUACCUACUGUCUCUUAAAAUGUGCCAUAGCUUGUUUUAACUUAAUGCUCCACAUUAUUUUGUAAGUUGAUGUUGUUUUUUUAAAGUGAAUAUCUCAUGUUGAAACAAUAACAGUUAGUGUGCACAAGUAUCAAAUAUCUUACUCACUUCUCACUGCAUGAAAUGUCGUUUGACCCUCUGCAAAUGUUGCUUGUCCCUGGAUUUUUGUAAUCGACUUUUUUUUUAAAAUUUUACUUUCUAUAGAAUAGGGAAUGGGAUGUUAACAAUAUGCAGAUUUAUUUACAGUGACUGUCUUGUUAACCACAGCUGCAAUUACCACAGUAUUAAAGUAGGUGAUUUUUCAUACCUUACACUGUUUAUUGUCUCAUCGUAUCUGUAAACAGAUGUACUGUAUAUCACAGAUACAGUAUGUUUAUGUUAGCCAUUGAUGUGUUUCUCUUGCUGCCAUGUUUUUAUCCCUCAGGCCUUAACAUCUCUGACCUUCUUCUCUUAUCUCUUAUACUUUUCUUCCUCCUCUUUGCCACCGUAACUCCCACCUCCUCGCUGUGAGCCCUUAUAUCUCUUUAUCCUGCACUGUAUUAUAUGCUCACAUUCAGAGCUUAAGCUUGCCUGUACUAAUUUUAGCACCUCUGGUUUUCAAGUUCUUUCCAUGUUUUUCAUGGGCAUCAUGAAAAUUGUGAUUUAAAAACUUUUCAGAAACCAAACAGCUACAAGAUGACCCCAAAUGCUUGGAGAAAACUGGAGAAAAAUAAUUCUUUCAGAAAAAGAAAUCAUUACUCAUCAAACACGACCUUGUUUUCAAUAGUAAAAAAUAGACAUGAAUACCUCACCCACAAAACUAUCGUUUAUAUAUCAAGUACUCAAAUCCUGGUUCAUUGAAUUUGUUAAGAAAAAAUGUUUUUCUCACAUACCCCCAUGGUGAGCAAAGAAUCCUAAAACAAGUUGAUUUCUUGAAGUGUUUUUAAUAAUAAGGUUUAAGAGAAAAUGCACGUGUUUGGGAAGCACUGGGCAUACAACUGGAUAAAUGAGGAUCAUAUGAGGAUCAUAAGGAUUUUUGUCAUUUUUGGAUGACUUAUCCAGCUUGUCAAAAACAAAGUUUUCCUUCCAAAUUCAAUUUAUCACAGAGUGAGUAACUGAUAUACAAAUGGUCAUUGGGGAAUGAUUUAUUCCUUUAAAUUCUGAAAUGAAACAAAGUAAAUUCAGUGUAACAACACUGACAGCUCAACCUCACGUCACAUCCUCUCUGAGCCUGAAAAAUGUCUACAUAUGCCUCUGACUCUUAAGUAUACUUGUCUAUCUGGAUGCAUAUAAUACUGUCAAACUCGCUCCUACACACAUCUGUGCACCUACAGUUUCUGUGUCUUUCUUGUCUGCAGAAUUAAAAUAACCAUGACAGACUC